AUGGCGGGAUGUUCCGAAACCUCAAGUGGUGAUUUACUUGAAAAACUUGAAAUGCGUUUCGAACGUAAAUCGCCAACUGAUAUUAUCACUGAGCACAUGUCCGUUGUAGCAUAUAAUCUUAUGCGUGAUGAAAUAAAAAAUCUUGAGGAAGUAGCAGAUAUCUUGGGAAGUCUUAAUAAUCUUAACCAUGAGAAUUUACAUGAGAUCAAUUUUAAAGGUCUCAAUUUCGUCAAGCCAGUAGAGGAAAACCUGCGAUACAGCGUUACGCUCAAGGAAAUCAACAUAUCAAAGUACUCAACAUUUGUGAACAAAUUUGGAGUGAGUCUUUGGUAUGUUCUGAAAGGAAAACAGCCUGUUAUUUCUGAGGCAAAGUAUCGGUGCCUAUUUGAGCAAUUUCUUCAGAUGUUUGGAAUCGAAGUCAUGGCACAGCCUGAAAUAGAUAUGGAAUCAACAGAGAUUUUUCAUAGAAAAGUUUCAUCAAGGGCAGAUAUUGUGUGCUUUAGUCCUAAAGAUGUUGAGAAAUACUCUUUGGCAGUUUGCAAGGUGAAAAAUGAAUGCUGUUUCACUGAUGUGGAGACAGAACCAUCAGCGCCAAAAUUAAGAAGAACAGAAGAUGCCCCACAAAGAAUCCAAAUACGUAAAGAAAAAUUUAGUUUACCUGAUGGGUUACAUGCACAACAUGUUGGUGACCUCUUGGCCUACCUUGACAAAUCAGUAUGUAAAGAAGCAAUUUUGGGAAUGACAGUGGAAAAAACAAUGGUUACAUUCACAAGGUUAUUGGUGAAGGAUGAAACAAUGGAAAAGCUUCAAAGAUCAUCAAGUGAUUCAGUAAAGUUAAAGGAAGAAGAAAGGCCUGUUCUGUAUUACAGUAAACGUUACAAUUACUUGCUGCUGGAGGAUAGAAAAGAAAUUGUAAAAGCUCUUCUGACUCUCGCAGUGAUGGAAAAGCGGCGAGCAAAAAAGUCUUGAUAUCAGACGCUGUUCUUUACAGAGCUAUUUUUGUCUGAUAAGUGUUUACAAAUGGAACUCUUAAGUUUGACUGGUGCUAAUUUUUAUAGGGAACCUUACAGAUGUUCUUCAUAUGGCUCCCCUACUUUCAAAUGGUACCCAAUUUCUUUCAAGCAUCAUUGGGUAACACAUACAUUUAUAAUAUGUACAUGUGUACCACCAUUUCACCUUCCUAAGUAUUGUUUUUGGAAUUAUAACACAGGUUUGCAAAAAUUAGGCCAGUCAGAAUUCAUAUCAUUUCCAUGCACAUGCUGUGAUGCUAUAUAAAUGAUUUCAUACUGCAUAACUCUUAAAAACAUUUUCAAAGUAUUUCAUUGAAAAAUUAAAAAAUAUAUAUAUAACCAUGAAAGGAUUAGCCAACCAGAUAUCAGAUGGUUUGUACACUAGUAUAGGCUUUCCUGACUGUCUAUCAAUGUGUUAGCUUUUUGAGGUCAUUAACACUGUGAGGCUUAGAGCCUUCAUACCUUGUCAGUUUAUGUAUUUUUGGGGAAGAUGUAUUGUAAUUCAAAAGUAAGUCAACUUUGCUUCAUUUUGAUUUUUUUUUUAGCUUUAUAUAUGUCAAGUAAUGCCCAAAUCAUAUCUUGAAAACUGAGGCCCAGCAACAUCAAACUUUGUCAGUAUCCUGAGAAGAAAAUGUUUUGUAAUACAAAAGUACCUUGACAUCAUUUUGAAAAUAAAACAUAAGAAUCCAAACUGCUU